AAGAAACCCUGAGUUCGAUAAUGGUUCGGGGAAUCUGUUGAUUUUCCGGAUCGAGUGACCGAUCGAUCGAACGCUCGAUGCCGCUUGUGCCGAGGCGAGGGGCGCGCGCCGAGCACGAUGCUGUUCGUGAUGUGCACGGACAAGUCGGCCUGGCUGUUCCCUUAUGCGCGGGAGCUGCUGAGGAAGACCGCGCAGCCCGUCGACUCCGAGGAGCGCGAGGAGGACGAUGAGAUCCAGGCGGCGCUGCAGCUCCCGAGCCGGCAUCCAGUUCUGGGACCGGCGCUUCACGGUCGUCACGGCAGUCGGGGGCCCCUUCGGCGGUCUUCAGGGCGUCGGCGUGGCCCCCAACCAGGAGUCGCGGCGGCGCGCCGGCCGCCUGGCCAUUGCCGCGGCGGCGAGGGCGCAGGU